GCGCUGGGUGCUGGUCCUGGGUAGUCCCGCCUGUUCCAGGGCCUGGCUUCCCCGCGCUGGGUGCUGGUCCAGGGCCGUCCCGCCUGCUUCAGGGCCUGGCUUCCCUGUGCUGACUGCAUGGUGGUGUUACUUUCUUAUGGCUGUUGUAAUUUACCACAAGCUUAAUGGAUUUACAAAACACAGAUUUGCUGUCUUCCUAUAGUUAUGGAGGCCCAGAGUCCAACAUGGGUCUGGUGGGGCUAAAAUCCAGGUCUGAACAGGGCUGGUUUCUUCUGGAGGCUCCCGGGGAGAAUUUGUUCUCUGCCUUUUCCAGGUUCCAGAGGUGCCACGUUCCUUGGCAGAGGUGGGCUGGAGGGGAGGGGUGCUCAGGCGGAAGGAACCACGUGUGUAGGGGUCCCUGAGCAUAAGCAGGGCCGUGUGGUCGGAGCAUGUGGUGAGCGGCAAAGUCACACAAGGGAGCUUGGGCUUUAGCCUGAGAGCAGUGAGGAGUCAUCAAAGGGGUGUAAGUGGAGGAGUGAAAUAAUCAGAUUUUUGUUUGGAAAGAACAGGAGGAUGAGUGAUGACUGCAGUCGCCCCUCGGCAUCUGGGGGGAUUGGCUCCGGCCCCCUGCAUGCACCCAAGUCCGUGCGCACUCCAGCCCCGUAGCCAGCCCUGUGGAGCAGGAGGACACAGAAAGUCAGUCCAGCUCCAGCGCCCCUGCAUGCACCCAAGUCCGUGCGCACUCCAGCCCCAUAGCCAGCCCUGCGGAGCAGGAGGACACAGAAAGUCAGUCCAGCUCCAGCGCCCCUGCAUGCACCCAAGUCCGUGCGCACUCCAGCCCCGUAGCCAGCCCUGCGGAGCAGUAGGACACAGAAAGUCAGUCCAGCUCCAGCGCCCCUGCAUGCACCCAAGUCCGUGCGCACUCCAGCCCCGUAGCCAGCCCUGCGGAGCAGUAGGACACAGAAAGUCAGUCCAGCUCCAGCGCCCCUGCAUGCACCCAAGUCCGUGUGCACUCCAGCCUCGUAGCCAGCCCUGCGGAGCAGGAGGACACAGAAAGUCAGUCCAGCAUAUGUGUGGGAUUCAUUCCCUCUCAUUGAAAAAAACCCGUGUAUAAGUGCAUCUGCACAGCUCAAAACUGCAUCUUCCAGGGUCAGCUUUGCGUUGUAACAGCAGAACUCAGACACACACAGCCACUGCCUGGUUUUGGAGGUUUUACGGGGAGAUGGCCGUGGCAGUUCAUUUGCUUACUGUCUGCAUUUGCUUUCCUGCUACAGACGGCAGAGCUGAGUAGUGGCAGUGGUGACCACAAAACCUACACUGUUUACCCUCUGUUUAUGGAAAUCGUUUGCCACUCCCAUCCCUCAGCAAACCGUGGUGGUCACUCGGAUGUGAAUUCUGUCCACUGCUGGGGCCUCGGGAGUGAAGCUGCAGAGCUGAGGCCUGUGUUGUUUCAGUCGUUUUGCCCGGUUGCCGUUUUGUGUGUCGGCACCAGUGGAACAGUGAUUAACAAGCUGAAGGUUGUUAAGAAGCAGACAUGCCCUUUACAGACUGGGGAUGUCAUCUACUUGGUGUACAGGAAGAAUGAACCAGAACACAACGUGGCAUACCUCUAUGAAUCUUUAAAUGAAAAGCAAGGCAUGACACAAGAAUCCUUUGAAGCUAACAAGGAAAAUGUGUUCCAUGGGACCAAAGAUACCUCAGGUGCAGGUGCAGGGCGAGGGGCCGAUCCCCGGGUCCCUCCAUCGUCGCCCGCCUCUCAGGUGUGCUUUGAGGAACCACAGCCAUCAACGUCGACGUCAGACCUCUUCCCCACAGCCUCGGCCUCUUCCACGGAGCCUUCUCCUGCAGGGCGAGAGCGUUCCUCCAGUUGUGGGUCUGGGGGUGGUGGCAUCUCCCCUAAAGGAAGUGGUCCCUCUGUGGCAAGUGAUGAAGUCUCCAGCUUUGCCUCAGCUCUCCCAGACAGAAAGACUGCGUCCUUUUCGUCGUUGGAACCCCAGGAUCAGGAGGAUUUGGAGCCCUUGAAGAAGAAAAUGAGAGGAGAUGGGGACCUUGACCUGAACGGGCAGUUGUUGGUCGCACAACCGCGUAGAAAUGCCCAAACCGUCCACGAGGACGUCAGAGCAGCGGCUGGGAAGCCAGACAAGAUGGAGGAGACGCUGACAUGCAUCAUCUGCCAGGACCUGCUGCACGACUGCGUGAGUUUGCAGCCCUGCAUGCACACGUUCUGCGCGGCUUGCUACUCGGGCUGGAUGGAGCGCUCGUCCCUGUGUCCUACCUGCCGCUGUCCCGUGGAGCGGAUCUGUAAAAACCACAUCCUCAACAACCUCGUGGAAGCAUACCUCAUCCAGCACCCAGACAAGAGUCGCAGUGAAGAAGAUGUGCAAAGUAUGGAUGCCAGGAAUAAAAUCACUCAAGACAUGCUGCAGCCCAAAGUCAGGCGGUCUUUUUCUGAUGAAGAAGGGAGUUCAGAGGACCUGCUGGAGCUGUCAGACGUUGACAGUGAGUCCUCAGACAUUAGCCAGCCAUACGUCGUGUGCCGGCAGUGUCCUGAGUACAGAAGGCAGGCGGCGCAGCCUCCACACUGCCCAGCACCCGAGGGCGAGCCAGGAGCCCCACAGGCCCUGGGGGAUGCACCCUCCACGUCCGUCAGCCUGACGACAGCAGUCCAGGAUUACGUGUGCCCUCUGCAAGGAAGCCACGCCCUGUGCACCUGCUGCUUCCAGCCCAUGCCCGACCGGAGAGCGGAGCGCGAGCAGGACCCGCGUGUCGCCCCUCAGCAGUGUGCGGUCUGCCUGCAGCCUUUCUGCCACCUGUACUGGGGCUGCACCCGGACCGGCUGCUACGGCUGCCUGGCCCCGUUCUGUGAGCUCAACCUGGGUGACAAGUGUCUGGACGGCGUGCUGAACAACAACAGCUACGAGUCAGACAUCCUGAAGAAUUACCUGGCAACCAGAGGUUUGACAUGGAAAAACAUGUUGACCGAGAGCCUCGUGGCUCUCCAGCAGGGAGUGUUUCUGCUGUCUGAUUACAGAGUCACGGGAGACACCGUUCUGUGUUACUGCUGUGGCCUGCGCAGCUUCCGUGAGCUGACCUAUCAGUAUCGGCAGAACAUUCCUACUUCCGAGUUGCCAGGAAAUUCAAUCAUAUCUGUGAACAGACAAGGUUCAAAAACUAAGCAUCCAGAGGCCCUGAGCAGCUUUCAGCACUGGAGGCGAAGAGAGCGUGUUUUUAAAAUACAGAGACAAACACGUCAAGGUGUUUUCACAGCCCCCUGAGGGAAGGGACGCAGGGUCUCCGACAGGUGCUCUGGGAUGACUCUUCUGUGGAGCUUUACCCUCUGAGUGAGACCCUCCCCAGAGUCCUGGGGGCCGCAGCCCGCCCUCCUGGUGAGCGCUGGGCAGGGCUCAUGGUGGCAUCAGCAGCAGAGACGAAGCCUUUCUGUAACAUGCAGCCGUCCCGCCGAGAGGGGCAGUUUUGCUCUUUUGUACAUUUUCCAUAACUACAGUUAAAGCAGAAGUCUGUUUUCAGGAAAAGUUUCAAGGGAGAAGGGCAAGUUUAUCAAAAACAUUGUUUCAGGAGAAGGGAGCAUAAGUUUACAGCCUAUAGGACAUACACAAUAUUCUGCUGUUGGGAAAACCACAGCAUUUUAUCUAUUUUUUAUUUUAAUAGGUUUGGUGCUUAUCUUCUAAUAAGAUUUAAAUGUCACAAACUGUAGCACAAAUAAUAUAAUUUAUAAUUUACAAAUUGACUAAAAUUGGGUAUAGUAUGGUAUUUGAAAGAAUAAGCAUAUGCUUCUGUUUAUUAAAAAAAGAAACCUUCCAAUGUCCAAAACUGCUAACCCUCGACGUGGCCGCCAAGUUAGUCGCUCCUUGCUAACCGGUGAGUGACCGCGGCCCCAAGCCUGGGGCUGGAUGCAGGUCCCAGGACAUGCUGCUCCCUUGUGUGAGUGACCACGGCCCCGAGCCUGGGGCUGGACGCAGGUCCCAGGACGUGCUGCUCCCUUCACGGCCCCAAGCCCAGGGCUGGACGCAGGUCCCAGGAUGCGCCGCUCCCUCAUGCUGCCCGGGCCCUUCCUCCAAGACCCUACAGAGCCUGAGGGGCACCUUGGCUUCCGCCUGUGCUGGGUUUGCCAUGUCAUCUGGAAUAAUACUUGAAAUUUUGAUUUUUGGAAAAAAAAGUUUUUUAUCUUUUGUUGAAAUCACCUGUUAUCCUUGUUUGCAAACUGAUAACUUUUUUGCUUCUUCUCAGGAAUACAGUUUUCAACUGUUGUCUUGCUCUUGAUAGAAACUGAGAAGCAGCACUCUUUAUUUGUGGAGGAAAGUCCUCUCUUUUGCAUAUUCUAAUAAAUGAGCCGCGUUUGCUCCUCC